GCAGCUUUUACGCAGAGGGUUGUCUCACCUGCUGAAACGCACUUCACCAUUCAGCACAACAGAGCCAUCUUUCGCUCUCACCUCCAAUUAAUAUCCACAGCAGCGAGGUCAGCGCUUCCUCUUCGCCUCUUUGGGUUUGUUUUGUUUUGUCUGUGGUUUGAUUUUCAUGCGACGAGCUUGGGUAUCCUACCAUGCCCUCUGCGUAUGGAUCGUGUCUGCCAGAAUAGGCGAACAAAGCGCAUCAAGCCUCUCCAGAGAACUGCUUCCCCUCCAAAAAAGCACGGAUUUGUGUCUGUAAGUACUCAGGAUUUUGGCUUUUUGUUUUCCUGCUGAUAGGCUGCCUUGUGUGUAGUUCACUGGGAGAAGCACAAUGUUAAAGAUGGAUACGCUUUUUUCUUAGCGCGAUGGAUAGGCAUUUCAUUUAGGGAACACCCGAUCCCAAUGCUGGACAAAAAUAAUGGCAAGAUUUUGGAUAGCACCGGACACGUUAUUGGUUUCCUGGGAGUAGAACAGACCUGUGUCGAUGCUUGAAAACCAAAUACUGCAACACACACACAUUUCCCGAGGCGUGUAUUAUCAUAUGACAAAAUUACACUGAUAUUGAAACACAUCCCCGAAUAAAAAAAAUAUGGAGCACACCGGGAUCGAGGAGGUGAACCAGACGCACCAGCAGCAGCAUGAGCCCAUCAGCUUCGGCAUCGACCAGAUCCUCAACAGCUCGGAUCAGUCCAGCGGCUGCAUGCUGCCCAACCGGACCGGAGACCCGGAUUACGCGCUGGCUCCAAAUGUCUACAGCAAUGGGUACAACAGCGUGUACAACCCGGCCUGCUCCAUGGCGGCGGGGCUGGCCGGCUCCUACAAUGUCAACAUGAACAUGAACGUUAGUAUGAACAUGAACAUGAACGUUAACGUGAACUCGGGCGGCGCCGGAGGGGUGAUCCGGGUCCCGGCGCACAGACCCAUGCCUCCUCCGCCGCCGCCCGCAGUAGCAGCGCCGCAUCCGCCCCCUUCCACACAACCGGGAUGCAUCGGACCCGGCAUCGCCUCUAUGGCCGGGAUGGGGAUGGGGAACGCGGGGAACUUCACCUUCCCGUGGAUGGAGAGCAGUAGGAGGUUUGCCAAGGAAAGACUAACAGGGGAGCAGGCAGAGGAUAUCCGAGCCGGAGAGGCCACAGGGGGGCCGGGGCCCGCCGGGUCCCUCUGUCCUCUCCCCAAAGGAGACAUCGGCAGGGUCCCUGUCUGGAGCACGGUGGAGACGUUAGCUAAAUGCUAUUACCCCGAGCUCGCUCACCUGCGAGACGCCAAUGGCUUUCUAGCAGACUAUCCUUUUCCAAAGGGGGCUUGCCCAGCAGCCCUCUCACCCUUCUCGGUGACCCGUCGUAUCGGCCACCCGUACCAGAACAGGACGCCGCCCAAGAGGAAAAAGCCUCGCACCUCCUUCAGCCGGGUGCAGAUCUGCGAGCUGGAGAAACGUUUUCAUCGCCAGAAGUACUUGGCGUCGGCAGAGCGUGCAACCUUGGCAAAGGCCCUGAAGAUGACAGACGCACAAGUCAAGACCUGGUUUCAGAACAGACGGACAAAAUGGCGGAGACAGACUGCAGAGGAGCGAGAGGCCGAGAGGCAGCAGGCAAACCGGCUGAUGCUGCAGCUCCAGCAGGAAGCUUUCCAGAAGACGUUGAGCCAGCCUCUGCAGCCGGACCCGCUCUGCCUGCACAACUCCUCGCUGUACGCCCUGCAGAACCUGCAGCCCUGGGCAGACGACAAUAAGCUGAUCUAAAAGAGAGGAGGGCACUUUAUCCAUAAGUGCCAGGAAACAAAAGGACACCUCUGUACAUGCCCAACUAUCAAGACUGUCCCCCCCUUUUGCCUCUGGAUCCCUCACGAGGCAGCAGAGACUCUCUGCCAGUAACGGCAAAAAAAGACCUCCUGUUUUUCGCUUUUGACUUUGUACAAUGUAGUAAAAUGCAUGUUUCAACCCUUUUCUGUGUGCACUCGGAAGUACCACACUACCGUGGAGGUGGACUGCGGUGUUCAGGUGGUUGUGGAUUGGUGGAACUCCUGAUGACGAAUUCCUCAUUAUGUUCAAUUUAAAGGUGUUUUAUAUUAAAUGAUAUUGUGACUUUUUGAAAAAGA